UGCCACGGGAAGAAGAAAAAUGUAAAAAUUGAAGUUGAACUGCAUUCUUUUAUGAAAUAUAUACCUCAUUUUUUUGUACUCAUUUAAUUUUGGAAAUGACAAAAUAUUCCUGAACUGACUCCAGUUAUGAUUGAUUAGGCAGCAACAUCCUGAAAGUUACCAAACUAUUCACCAACACUCUCUUUUUGAACUUCCCAAGCUUCUCUAACAUUGCUUUAUCUUGAGUAUUUUACUUACUUAAUUUCUCUGUUUGUAUGUGUUUACGUAAGAGGGCAUCGGAUCCUCUGGAACAGUUGUGAGCCAUUGGCAAUCGAACUCCACUAGUCUACAGGAACAGCAGGCACUCUUCACCAUCAAGGCCAGUAAGAUGUUGAUUUUUUAAAACUUACUGGUCACAAGAACAAUAUGCUCCCCGAUCUUGCAGAACUUCAAAAUGAAUGGGACCAGAACACUACCAAAGUAACCCGUGCUCCUUGAAAAUAGAAAUGCUUUUCUGGCAUGGCAGAACUCUAAUUGUUGGAAGCCUAGAGAAAUCAAGUGAAGAACGAUCCUACAGCAAGAGAAUCAAGUGAUCCUGAAGGGAAGGAUAUUGUUUGGGCAUCGUCCUUACUGGUGGAUCCAAGAAACUCAGAUUUACCCAAAUCACUCAAGUCCAUGUCUUGAACAGUUUCCUACUACAUGUGAAACAGGCCCAGGAAGUCCAUCUGGUCACGCAAUGGGCUCAUCGUGUGUCUGGUACGUCAUGGUAACAGCUGCCCUGAGCUUCACUGUCAGCCGGCUGGAGAAGUCCUCUGUCACUCUGCACAGACUGGCCUGGUUCUUCCUUUGGAGUGUUUUCUGGUUGAUUCAAAUCAGCGUCUGCAUCUCCAGAAUAUUCAUAGCAACACACUUCCCUCAUCAGGUCAUUCUUGGAGUCAUUGGUGGAAUGCUAGUAGCAGAGGCCUUUGAACACACUCCAGGCAUCCACAUGGCCAGCUUGAAUAUGUACCUGAAGACCAACAUCUUCCUCUUCCUGUUUGCACUUGGCUUUUACCUGCUUCUCAGACUGCUCGACAUUGACCUGCUGUGGUCUGUGCCUAUAGCCAAAAAGUGGUGUGCCAACCCAGACUGGAUCCAUAUAGACAGCACACCUUUUGCUGGUCUUGUGAGAAACCUCGGGGUCCUCUUUGGCUUGGGUUUCGCCAUCAACUCAAAAAUGUUCCUUAUGAGCUGCCGGGGAGAAAAUGGCUGCAGGCCGAGCUUCCGAUUGCUCUGUGCCAUGACCUCACUGACCACAUUACAACUUUAUCACUUCAUCAAGAUCCCGACUCACACGGAACCUUUAUUUUACCUGUUGUCUUUCUGUAAAAGUGCAUCCAUCCCACUGACUGUGGUGGCUCUAAUUCCUUACGCUGUCCAUAUGUUAAUGAGAGCCAGGGAGAGGAAGAUUAAAUAGAGCGGCUGUGCCUGCAGCGCUCUGGACUCCCAGGAUCACCUACUUCCUGCAUUCCUCAGUAGAACCAUACAGCAGAGAUGCUGGAAACAUCUCUGCGGAGGUCCCAACAUUGUGGCUACAGGUCCCACCCCAAUUUAGUCUGUUUUCCCAGUGGCAUUUAAAAUAACAGUAUUUGACCAGAAAUAAUCACAUCCGUUUUUUUCUUGACA